AUGACCACCACUCAAGAGAUAUUAAUCGCCAUCGCGGGUAUUCGGGAUCAGCGGCGCAUAGAAGAUCUCUAUGAGGCGAAAAACACAUCGCACUUUGGGGAGAAGGAAACGCCGCCACUGGACACUCUAUUCUUCAGAAACCAGGCGCAGCGAUUGAUUGUGUAUAACAAACAGGAGUUUCACCUGCUGCUGGCCUACGCCGAGUUUGCCAUCCAUCCAAAUAUCCCGGUGCUAACCAGCGAUCUGUGGCUCCACUGGCUGAAUGUUCGCUUUUGCCUAGAUCUUCCCAUCACGCUGCUCAACGCCAUAUUCUUCAACUUCUUCAUCUGCAAGGAUGGCCAUCCGCAAAUGCUCAAGAAGGUCAUCUUGGAGGUCUUCUACACGGAGCACUUGGUCAACUAUAUGCUGGUGGUCAAGCCCCCAGAUAGCCAGCCAGGCCAAUACGAUGCCAUUCAGUCCUUCGGCACGACCUUCUAUCCCAAGUACUCCAAGGUCUCGGAGCAGAAGCACCUGCCAGCGGUCAUCGUCAUCAAGCGGCGCAACACCAUGCCAGUUUUGUCCUUUCGCAAGGCGCUACCCGAGGACAACGACGAUAUCGUCGAAAUGAUCGAUUCCGAGGAUCCGGAGCUGCGCAAAAAGCACGGCGACUUCUACAUCGCCGAGCACCUGUUGAAUGCAGAAGGUACCGAUCAUAACGAUAAGAUCAUUAUAGCUGAGUUCGAGGAGGAGAUUGCCGACAACGUCAAGGGAGCUGGCCUCAUGUGGCUAUCCCAAUCCCUGGACAUCGAGGUGCUGGCCACCAACUAUCACUUCGAGCGUCUGGGCAACUUGGUGCGCUACACGCCGGGCUUCAAGCACGCCCAUGUGGAAUUCGAAGUGAUCUCAGUAGACCACAAGUCGUAUAAGGAGUUGUUCACAAGAAAGCAAAUGGAGGAAAGGUAUAAAACGCACGCGAGUAUAAUUAACGAAAAUGGACAGCCUGAGGCGAGGAAUAUUUUGUUCAAAAAGUACAAGCACAUUUACGAGGAACUUCGCAAGGGAGUGUACUAUAUGACAGCGUAUCAGGACAAACUGGAGAUCUGUUUCGAUUUGCCCGAGGGCGAGAGCUUGACCAGCGAAAAUCGUCUGCAGCACCUGGCAAAGGCCUCCAAUGGAUUCCUGCUGAAGAUGUUCCAGCUGCAUCCACUGGUCCGCUAUGAGUACACCUUCUACGCCCUGUCUGCCAUGUUCAGCGCCUUCCCGGAGCACGACUACUGUGUGACCCUGGUGCCGGUCAACGUGUCCACGAGUCCUUGCCAGCGCGAGCUGCUCCGUUUCUUUCUGCCAGUGGCCCAUCGUCCGAGCAGCACGGUUUCCGAGAACUUGUUCGUUGCCCAUCGCAGUACGCUGUUUGGGGAACUGCGCGUCCAUCGAUUCGAAAGCCAGGAGAUCGAUGAAAUCAGGACCUUGAUCAGCAAGCAGGCGCGCAAGAGGGAGAGCAUGUCCGAGGACGAAGAUGAGAAUAAUAACGUGCUCGACGAUUACACCGAGGACGUGCUGACCAUAUUUGAAUUCAUCAUUAAGGACAUCCUCGAGAAUCCCAUGAGUGAGCUGACCUGCUUCACCAUUCGCUGUGGCCAAUCGAAGAAGCACACCGACUGUCCGUUGGUUGGCUUUCUAAUACUCAGUCCCUUUUUGGUAUAUGACGAUAUAUGCAAGGUAUUCAUGAUGCCGAGAGACGAGUUUUCGCUGACGCACAAACGAGGCGAGAUUGUCAUGUUCAGGCUGCAUCCAUUUUUCCAGAUGUGGUGCAACCCGAUCCUUCGCACGGUGGCCUUGUACGAUAACUACCGCGAGCUGUACUACAUACACUUCUUCAGUGGUAUCUCGCUGCCCAACGAUCUGAUGUACAACAUGAUGCCGGUUGAGCCGCGCCGCAUGAAGAAGAAUCUGUUCAACUACAAGUGCGUUUCCUUUCGGCGCCGCGUGGCGGCGGGAAAGAUGUCCCAAACGGCCAACAUCGAUAUCUGCUCCAGUCGCAUGCGGCUCUUUUGCCACAAUCUGCAGCCCACAAUGCACAUGGGUGGCAAGAACUCCCUGGUUAUCGUGGGCGCUUCCGCCACGAGUAUGGCCUUUCUGCGCUCCGUCAUCUUCGCUUGGAAUUCCAAGGAUUUGAUUAAUUAUAAGAAGUACAACUGCCUGCCCAUGGUGGACAUUACGGUGCUGGUGGGGCAUGGAGUUGUGGAGUCGGCAUAUGAUUGCGACUUUUCGUGCAACUACUGCGCGAAUGGCAGGAACUGCUAUGUGGACACCGGCAACGUGAAUCCCUUUGUGAGGGACACAAUGCAGCGGAUGGAUGUGAGGCACUGGGUGCGUUUCGUCUCCGGAACUAUGAAAAGUAUAAAGAGACAAGAAAAGGUGCUGGAGCUGUCGGAUGGCUGUCAUCUGUACUACGAGAAGCUGGUGCUGAUGGCUGCCACCAGGUUUGGAUUUGAGGACAAGGAGUUCCAUGGGCACCCGAUACCCAUCAACUACGUGGUCAACAAUCAUCGCUUGGACAGGAUUAUCUUCUACCACAAAGUGCGCGAGAUGGUCGAGCUAAUGGACUCGUACAACAUCAUAGUCUACGGAUACAAUUUGUGCAUCUACGAGUGCAUUCACUUCUUGGUCACACACGGUUGCAAGGCGGAGAACAUCACAUAUGUGCAGCCUCACGUGCCGAUGGUAAUGGAGGAAAUUGGCAAUCCUGAAUUGGAUUCUAGUCUAGAUCCGAUUAUCCUGGAUAUGGUAGCUGACUUGGGAGUCACGAUAUACCUAUCCACCGACUACAGCCAGUUUAUUUUGAGUCAGGAUAAUAUGAACAUUGAGAAGGUGGAGCUGGUCAUGCAUCCAUCUAAUAAAAAGAUCGUGCUGGACUGCGAACUCUUUGUCAACUACAAUGUGAAUACCAUAAGCACGGCUUUGGAGAAUGUUCUCACUGACGCAGGAAUCGAGGUAAUGGAAAGGAGGAUCGUGGUCAAUUCGCGAUAUUGCACAAAUGAUCGCAAUAUAUUCGCCGCUGGUAGAAAUACAAUCAUGAUACCCAAGCCCAACUUCCAGUACACCCACUGCAGUCCGCAAGAAAUGGCCGAAAAAUUGGCCUACGAAUUGAACAUGGUGAAGCUGGUGAUGCAGUCGCGGUACUCCAAGCCGGCAAUGUUCACGGGAAUCCUGCCAAUGGGCUACCAGAUCAUCAAGUUCACCCAACCGAAGCCGCUGCUCAUAGGCCAACUGCCGAUCGAGUUCUCAGAGACCUUGACUACCUACGAUGAUGGCGACUUUUGCCGCAUUCGACUCAACAAGAAACUGAUUGUCAUAGAGAUCGUCUGCGUCACCAAGAAGCCGAAGAGACUUUACUUCAUGGAGUACUUCUGUGGCAAGCACGCGAUGCUCCUCAACGAUCUGCGUGGUCGCUACCAGGCAGGUUGGAUACAGAACUUCCUGGAGUUCUUCAAGCAACCCUGGACGGAGCUGCUGAUGCACGAUAGGUUCGAGGAUCUGCAGUUGAAGAACCGCAGACUUCUGCUCUCCAUGCUGCUGAUGAACAACAAGGAUAAUCCCAGGAGCAGUUUGGAGAACACGCAGAGGCAGAAGCUGGAGGAAAAUGUGAUCGACUUUGUGCGAACCUAUCGAAAGGAUUUCACACACGAAUUUGCGCUGCCAGAGGAUUGGGGUGUCUUUAAUCUAUGA